UAAGUUGGGCGGACACCGGGGAUCUAUCCUUGACGUGAGCUGCUUCAUAUCUCGGCGAUGCUUAUAAUCGAACAAGUACUAGGUACGGACGUGUUAUAUAUAAGUGCCCUGGAAUAUGUACACACAGCUCCGCCCGUACCUAUCAGAUGGCCCUCUGCUGCCGAGAAGGAACAAGGAGACAAGGGGGAAACGGCUCCAUGUGUCGGGACAGGUUCCCAUCAAAAUUGCAUCCUUGUUGUUGGUGUUGUUGCUGCUGCACGGAACGGGCAUGUGCAGGUAACUGGUCAAUCUAAUAAGUACCUAACCUUGCCAUGCACACAAACCGAGGGGUCUUGCACUACGGAAUACCAAUUAAGGACAUGUGCAUACACCGGACACAG